AUGGUUCAAGAAAGAAGAUAUGAAUGAUUGUUGGAAAGACUCCUUACAUAGGUUUAAUGAGAUGGAAUAUAGCUGGUAUAUUUUCAUGUAUAAUCGGUACCAGUGUCUUUGCUGACCUGCUCUAUGAAAAACUGGAAACGACCUGCAUGUAUGUUCUGCUGGUAGUUUUUUUCUGUAUCUCAUUUGUUUCUUUCAAACCUAUUGUAAACCCAUCUUUAAUGUAGUUUACUAAAGAACUCUAUAGCAAGCAGCUAAAAUGUCUACCCCGAGUGUGGUACUUACUAUUAUUGUACCAUUAAUUGGUGUAGUAGUCUACUUGCUUCCAGCUCCAUUUGAACCAGUCGGGUUUGAAUUGCAAAGUCCUCCAUAUCUUGGAGACGCUCUACCAGUGAAUGAUCAUCUCCAGAGAGCAGAGAAAAUCCUAGAGAAUCAGGUCCUUGGUCCUGAAUCACUGGUCUUCAAAGAUGGUGACAUCUACAGUGGUACCGCUGAUGGAAAGAUCAUCAAAAUCAACUCAAACUUGGAGCUAACUAAUGUACUUUCACUUGGAUCUGUAUAUUGUGGGAAUGAAAUUGAAUGCGGUCGUCCUCUAGGCUUACGGUUCACCAAAGAUGGACUCCUAUACAUCAUCGAUGCUCAUCUAGGCCUGUUCCAUGUUAACGUGUCAACAGGUGAGAGGACUCGUUUAGUAUCUGGAGGUACAAUAGUUGAUGGCAAGCCCAUAGUAUUCUUCAAUGAUCUGGCUGUCCGAUCCGAUGGUAUGGUCUAUUUCACUCAUAGCAGCACAAAAUGGCACAGGUUUCAACAUGUGUCACUUGCCAUGGAAGGAAAUAAUGAUUCAAGACUUCUUCAAUUCGACCCGACAUCAGGCGAGGUUUCUGUUCUAAUGGAUGGUUUAACAUUAGGUAACGGAGUACAGCUAUCCCAGGACGAGAGUUUCUUGCUUGUAGCUGAGGGAGGGAGGAUGAGAAUACAUCAGUACUUCCUGACCAGUUCACGAGAAGGAGAAAGAGAAAUAUUUGCUGACAAUCUACCAGGCUUUGUGGAUAAUAUCCGUCCAAGUUCCAGUGGAGGAUUCUGGGUAGCCCUUCCUACCAUCAGACGACACUGUCUCUAUGACGUCUUUGCACCAAGACCAUGGCUCAGAAAAUUUCUUAUCAAGUUCUUCAGUCCUGAAUUCAUUGUGAAGUCUACCACUAAGCCUUAUGGUCUGGUCAUGGAGUUUGCUGAGGAUGGGCACAUAGUACGAAGACUUGAUGACCCUACCGGUGCUGUAGUAUCUUACAUCAGUGAGGUCCUCGACACGGGAAGCUCACUGUACCUCGGAUCAUAUACUUCUCCAUUUUUAGCUAAGCUUAGUCUAGAAUGAAUCUUGUUUUCUGUGUUGCCAAAUAUUGUAAUUGAAAUCUAAUUCAAUCUAGAAUUACAGAAAAUGAUUGUGAUGUCAUAAUGAAACUUUAUUGAUUGAUUCUCAAGAAUACCGCUAAAAAAUGUUCAUGUACACAAGAAUGUUUUUGCCUCCUGUGAAAGUUUAUUUUACCUGUAAUAACACUGUCUUUGCGUGCUUGCUUAUUAAAAUGAUUAUUUAAAUUAUA